AACACGUGUCGGUGCUACAACAACUUUGUAAUUGUUUAUUAUUAUUAAAUAAUAAAUAUAAAUAAAUUAUUUUAAAUAAAUUGACGUUCAAGAUAUAAUUGAUAAACAUGGUUGUUUUUACCUGUAAUCAUUGUGGUGAUUCUUUACAAAAACCAAAAGUUGCAAAGCAUUAUCAAUUUCAAUGUCGUUCUCGUAGUUUAGGAAUAUCAUUAACUUGUGUUGAUUGUUUUAAAGACUUUUUUGGAGAUCAAUAUGAUGAACAUACCAAAUGCAUAACAGAAGCUGAAAGAUAUGGUGGUAAAAAUUUUCAAGCAAAAGCAAAUAAAGGAGAAAAAAAACAACAAGAAUGGAUUAAUGUUGUUAAAAAUGUACUUGAAUCAGAAACUAAUUUGUCAAGAGAUGAAAAACAAAUGCUUCAGUCAUUGUCAAAACAUGAUAAUAUUCCAAGAAAAAAAGCUAAAUAUUUAAAUUUUGUUAAAAAUGUUAUGGGAUACAGAGUUAAUAUGAAUGUUGUUGAUAGUUGUUGGGUUAAAAUGGAAGCUGCUUUUAAGGGACCAGCUGAAAAUAAAACAUCUGAAGCUCAAGUUACUAAUGGCAAGUCAACAAAAGAAGAAAUUACUAUUAUUGAAAAUGAAAAUAAUGAAAAUAUAUCACAAGAAAAAUGUGAUUUAAUAGUUGAAGAUAAAGAUAAUGAAAAAAAGAAAAAGAAAAAGAAAAGAGUACUUGAAAAUACUGAAGUUAAAAAUGAUGAAGUUGAUGAACCAGCAGCAAAACGUCAAUGUCAAAAACAAUCAGAUGAUAAUCAAGCUGUUGAAUCAAAUGAAAUAAAAAAAUUCAACUGGAAAAAAAAUAUUCUUGAAGUCAUUGAAAAUAAAGAAGAAAUGUCUUUGAAAAAAUUAAAGAAAAAAGUCAUAGAAAAAUAUUUAAAUCAUGUUGAAAAUAGUGUUGAUAAAGAAAAAGCUAUUUCACGUUUUGACAAAAAAAUAAAUAAAAUAACAAAUUUAGUUGUAGAUAAUAAUAAAGUUAAACUUGUUAAAUGUUAACAACAAUCGCAUAAUAAAUUAAAAUGUUUUUUUAAUUAAAAUAAAAAUAUAGUUUUCUUUUUUAUCGGUAAUAAUUAUGAAUUUCCAAGAAGCUUCAUAGUACUCUCGUUGAGAUAUUAUGAUAUUAUGAAAAUGUGUGUCGAAAAAAAAUUUUUCCCCUCUGUUUUAAAAUUUCCACCAUUUGUCAAAUUAGCGAUAAAAAGAGAUAAAAAAAAAUUACAUAUGUAACGACAUUUUAAUUGCAAAAUAAAAAUUUCAUUUUCGUGAUAUGUAACUCAAUUGAAAAAGAAUUUGACAUAUGUCAAUAAGAUCAAUGACGUGCAGCAUAUAAGAAAAUAAAAUACUAAAAUAACAACAAAACAAUAUGGUGACUAAUUGUUUAUGUGUUUUAACAAUAUUACCAAUGUAUUUGUGCUCAUAGUAUUGACAUAUAAUUAUUGUAUUACCUUAUAAAGUAUUAAACUCAUUUGUUGUUAUUGUUAUUUAGAAGAAACAAAAAAAAACAA